GCAAGAUCAAUUCCUCAAUGAGCAGUCUAUGUUAACAGACACCAGUGUUUGUGAGGCUGAUGUAGGGCAGUGGAUUUUACAACUAUACACAAACAAACUAUACCAUAUGUGCACAUGCAGCACUGGAUUUAUGACGAAUAAUCUAGCAUGUGCGUUUGCGUUCAAUGCUUAACAUGAGUGUUUCGCGCAUGGCUAAAUCUUCCCCCGAGAUCUCCGUGGAGAAGGUCUUCCUCCCAGCAUUUCACCCUUACCAUGAUAUCUGUGGAGCAAUCGAGCCUGAAGGUGAAAAGACAGCUAUUUGAUUCAACAUGAGUGUACGGGCGCAGUGUCGAUGGAGUUGAACGCCGUGGAGCUCCGUGAUUUGGGGGAUGGGAGCAGGAGAGAACCUCAUCCGGCCACUUCAGCACCGCGGACAGCGAACGGCAUUGAAAACGCGUCGUUCGAGGAUGAAGAACCCGGAUCGAGGAUCCGAGUCACCUCGGGAACAUCCGGAGGAGAUCCACCGCCUAUACAGAGAGAAGUGCCAUCCCCGCGCUCCGACGACGAACCCGAGCUCGAGUACAACGACCAUUCGGUGGACUACGGCUUUAUAUGCGCGCUCGUGUUCCUCGUGAGCGGGAUCAUAUUGGUCGUGAUAGCCUACACGAUCCCCAGAGAGGCCAAAGUCAACCCGGACCAAGUAACAGCGCGCCAGAUGGAGAAGUUGGAGAUGUAUUACUCGCAGCUCGGUUCGCACCUCGACAAAUGCAUUAUUGCUGGACUUGGCUUGCUGACUCUUGGAGGGAUGCUUUUGUCUGUUUUGUUAAUGGUGUCUAUAUGUAAGGGAGAACUGUAUCGACGGAGAACGUUCGCCAGGAGACCCAUGAAGUCGUAUGGGUCCAUCAAUAUGAGGAUGAGGCAAUUGGCGGAGGGUGAUGGGAGAGACGCGCUCGUGGAGUGUGAGCGAGGUGCUGACGCCGAUGCCGCGCAUGGUAACCGAGAUCCUACGGGAGCGCAAAGCACGUAGCACAACCGGAUCACAAACGUAAGCUGUAUUUCCAGAAGGUAACAUCAGUUCUUGCAAAGCAGCCAAGUUUGUUUGUGUUUAACGUAUGUUGUAAUGACUAAAUUGUAUUUUGGAAAUUUUAGUCUUACGUUUCAAAGUAAAAAGUUGAUAAAAACACCAUUAAAAUCAAGGUAACUUCUUUAUUGGGAUAUACUAGUGGGCAAAAGUGAUAUGCAGAGGCCAUAUUUGUACAAUAUUUGCUUUAAAUGUAC